AGAAAGGGGCGUAAUAUAAUACAGCUUACGCAAUAAUAAGAUACAUAUUUAAUUAACAAGACGAUUGCACGUAAUUUAAUGGAGGUGGAUUUGAUCAUUCGAGGCGGGAGGGUUAUAGACCCCGCAAAUAACAUCGAUGACAUUUUAGACGUCGCUGUUAAAGACGGGAAAAUAGCUGCACUUGGGGCCAAUCUUCAGGUGGAAUCUACAACCUCGGAGUAUGACGCCUCCGGUCUUCUCGUGACUCCUGGCCUAAUUGAUUUGCACGUGCAUGUUUAUGAAUACUCCACCCCUCUUGGAGUGAAUCCUGACACCUCCUGUCUCGCUAGGGGGGUUACUACAGUCGUGGACGCAGGAAGCGCGGGAUGUGGAACAUUUCCCGGGUUGAGGAAGUAUAUAGCAGAGAAGUCCAAGACGAGAGUCCUAGCCUUUCUUCAUAUAAGUGCCCAUGGUCUGGCUGCAUUUGGCUGUGCUGCAGGAAAAAGCACUGGAGGUGAGUGUGACGCCAUUCAACACCUGGACGUCCAGGGAUGUCUAGACACCGUGGAACAAAACAGAGACCUGAUUGUGGGGAUAAAGAUUAGGCUGACAGCCAAUGUGGCGGACCAGGGCAGAAAUGAGCACGAAGCGUACAGAAGAGCUUUGGAGGUAUCAGAGAAGACAGGACUACCGCUGAUGACCCACCACACUAUAUCUACGGUACCACUGCACUCGGAGGAUGCCAAAGAACUUUCUUGUCCAGGAAGUCUGAAAAAGGGUGACAUCUAUACGCACUCUUUCCACAGCUUUUCAAGCUCAAUUGUUGACCAAGCUACGAAGAAAAUCGACCCUGGGGUGUGGCUGGCCAAGAAAAGGGGUGUCAUUUUUGACGUAGGUCACGGGCAGGGGUCAUUUGCGUGGUGGGUCGCUGAAAGUUGCGCUGAGCAAAACUUUUGGCCGGAUGUAAUCAGUACCGAUUUGCAUUCUGGGAACACCAUGGGGCCAGCGUACGACCUGCCUAUUGUGAUGAGUAAGUUCUAUCACAUCGGGAUGCCGAUAUUGGAAGUGGUCAAAGCCGUGACGGCAACUCCUGCUGCAGCCGUUGGUGCCAGUGACCAGAUCGGCUCUCUUUCCGUCGGGUCCUGUGCGGACAUCACCGUCCUCCGGGAGAAAGUGGUUGAUUUAGAGUUAGAGGACACCAUCGGGGAGGUCCGUGAGGUGAAAAAGCUUCUCCAGCCUGUUGCGGUGUGGCGGGAAGGAAUGACGCACGCCGUGACGUCACCGCCCGAGCCUUUCCCGAAUAAGGCCAUAUUGGCCGACAUGAUGAAAUCCGCCCAUAUCCUGGCGAAUAUGUGAUGUCGGUGUCGCAAUUUGUUUGAUUCAAAGUAAGCAGACCGUGGGACACCUUUCCAUUCAUGCUACCAAAGAAUUACUGGAACGGGUCUAUCUGGUGCUGACUUUUUUGAAAUUUGAUUGUUGACCGCACAACUUGAAAUGUUUAUAACAAACAACUGAUUUUACUGGAAAAUAGAUGAGCACAAAUGCAAUGAUUUGUUUGAUUUUACUUUUAAAUAAAAGUACUUUUUACUUUUAAAAGACAUCCAAGAUCCAAGUGUUUGCAAAGGGGAGGGAGGGGGGAGUACAAGGUUCCUUUCAGCCAGCGAAGCGAGGUAAAUCCACCACAGAAUACAGAAAAUAAUUCCUGCGGUUUGUAGGGUGUUGGGAUUCUGGCUCGUUUUGUUUGUUAUGAAGUGCCCGUGUUUGGAAGUGCGAAAACCCAAGGGGGGGGUAUUUACACAGAAUUGCCACUGGCAUACAUAUUCAUCAUACCAUUUGCUACAUGUAGGGGCCUACGUAGGGUAGGGUUUAAAGGGGGGUCUUCCAAAACUCCAAAACAGGUUACUGGAUAGUCAUUCU